UUUUCCAUUUUUCUGAUAAUAUACCGAUUCCACGACAAUAAAACGAUUUGUCUUUCAAAGCAAUCCAAUCAGACACUCAUUUUUGCAUAUACUCAUAGUUAUUGAAGUGUGUAUUUGCCAAAGCAUGUUGCAUCGAUCAGAAUAGAUGGUAAUCAGAUAGUGCUAAGUCUGGAGAGUACACUGGGUGCGGACGGAUUUCCCAUUUGAGCUCUAACAAUGUUUAUUUAACGAUUGAAGUAACAUGUGGACAAGCAUUAUCGCGCAAAGGAAUCAUUUUUCGUCUAUUGCUGGCUAUCGUUAACCUUUUUUACAUUAAUUCAUCAUUCAAUUUAUUCAAUUAUUGCUGGUAUCGCUCCCCCGUAACUGUUUCAUUCGGUUUUACGAGGGUUGCCUUUUAUAUUUCGGGAAUGGACGAUCCAGGUGCUGCCAUCUGACAACCGACGUCCCUAACGUAAAGUUCGACUUUUUGUCAGUAUACUUACUUAGAACGUUUUGAUGUCCAUGCGCCAUUUGUGUUGUUUACAGUGACAUGAAAAAUUGAUGUCGGCCAAGAAAUGGAAUUAAGUCGUGGACAUUUCCGUGCGAUUAUUUUUUAUAACUUUCGACGUGGAUUAUCUCAACAACAGUGCAUCGAUGAACUUAAUUCGACUUUUGGCGAUGAAGCACCAUCAAAAAUCACUAUAUAUCGAUGAAAACAUUGAUGCUGUGCGUGAACUGAUAUUGCAAGAUCGUCAUGUGACUUAUCGUGAGAUUGAGGCAUCCUUGGGCAUUAGUGGGACCAGCAUACAUUCAAUAUUGCAUGAACAUUUGGCUGUCAAAAAAAUUUGUUCGCGUUGAAUCCCAUAUAAUUUAACAAUCGCUUAACAAAAGGCUCGUGUCGAUUGGUCGAAAGAAAUGCUCAAGAAAUACGAUUGCGGUGCUUCAAAACACGUCUAUGAUAUCGUAAGAGGUGACGAAUCAUGGAUCUAUGCGUAUGAGCCCGAAAGUAAACAGCAGUCGACUGUAUGGGUCUUUCAAGAUGAGCCAAAUCCAACAAAAGUUGUUCGCGCACGAAGCACUUCGAAGCAAAUGGUCGCCUGUUUUUUUCGGAAAAACCGGAUAUGUGGCAACUGUACCAUUAGUACAAUGUCGGACGGUCAAUUCUGAAUGGUACACAACCAUUUGUUUGUCAGAAAUCUUCGGAAAAAUAAGGGAAACCAACCGUCGAAGACGCAUCAUUCUUCACCAGGACAAUGCGAGCUCUCACACAUCGGCUCAAACAAGAGACUUUUUGAGAACUGAAAAAGUCGAAUUGAUGGGUUAUCCGCCAUACAGCCCUGAUUUGGCACCCAAUGACUUCUUUUUAUUCCCGCAAAUCAAAAAUAAAUUACGAGGUCAACAUUUUUCGACGCCUGAAGAAGCGGUUGAUGCGUUCAAAAUGCAUGUUUUGGAGGUACCUCAAUCGGAGUGGAAAAAGUGCUUCGAAAAUUGGUUCAAGCGCAUGCAAAAGUGUAUUGAUCUUCAUGGAGAAUAUUUUGAAAAACAAUAAACCCAUGUACGAUGAUUAAUUUCCUUUUUUUGU